ACAUUGAGGUUGGCAACCCGACCCGUGAAAAAGCGAUUCGAGAGGAAGAUUUGGAUAUUGGGAUCGCGCAGAAGAAAAAAUCAGAAGCGACAAGCCCACCUUCUACUUAGCUUCACCGGAGUUCUGAUCUAGGGUUUUCUCGAAAGGCUUUCUUGAUCAUAUCUCCAACUAAUCAAAUGACUCCACCUCCAGGUCCUUACUCCGGCGCCAGCACUCUCGCUCUGGUGGCGCGUGCAUCGGCAUUCAGUUUUGGCUUGGUUUAUGGAAGUGUGAAGCUCAAGAUUCUCAAGCCGUUUGUUGUUACAUUCUGUCGAUUUCGUUAAGAGAAUUCAUCGUUUGAGGAUUUGUUGGGAAUGAUUGUUAAUUUCUGAGAGAAAAAAAUUGAUUUCUUUGACUAUCAGAUGAAAGUGAAUUCGCGUAACAAGGCGGAAGCUAAGGCACAUCACUGAGGAGAUAGUGUUGAAUGAUGAAAUAAAUGACCAUGGAUCUUUCAAAUGGUUGCCAUUGGAUAGGAUUACUCGUAUGCAAAAGAUGACUCUUGAUUUAGAGAAUCUGGAGUUUUUUCAAUUAAUUUUUUUAUGAAUCACGAGAAUGGCUGCUGUUAAUUUUCAUUUCUGAGGAAGUGAGACAUAGUUUUCUAUGAAUUGAACAUGUAGAAGAACAAUUGUUUUGCAGAUUACUGGAUUCAUAUACCAUAUCUCGAGGCUUUUACAA